AUGGACCCGGUGCUGAUGGACCAAUAUCUGCACAACCGCUCCAUCGGAAGCCCGUGGUACCACUUGCUAAUCGCUAUGUACGGUGUAUUGAUUGUAUUCGGAGCCAUGGGCAACAUAAUGGUGGUAAUUGCAGUGCUGCGUAAACCAAUCAUGCGCACGGCCCGCAACCUCUUCAUUCUCAAUCUGGCCAUUUCGGACCUGCUCCUGUGCUUAGUUACCAUGCCGCUGACACUGAUGGAACUCCUUUCGAAGUUCUGGCCAUACGGCUCCUGUGCCACGCUGUGCAAAACGAUUGCCACGCUGCAGGCCCUGAGCAUCUUCGUGUCCACCAUAUCCAUAACAGCCAUUGCCUUCGACAGAUAUCAGGUAAUUGUGUAUCCUACGCGGGACAGCCUGCAGUUCGUGGGAGCUGUCACCAUAUUGGUCGGCAUUUGGACCCUCGCACUGAUACUGGCCUCGCCGCUGUUCAUCUACAAGCAGCUGAUAAACAUGGACAUGCCGCUGGUGCUGCAAAAGUUCGGUGUGCCACACAGGAUAUCGUACUGCAUCGAGGACUGGCCGCUGAGCGAUGGCCGCUUCUACUACUCGAUCUUUUCGCUGUGCGUGCAGUAUCUGGUGCCCAUAGUGAUUGUGUCGAUUGCCUACUUUGGCAUCUACAACAAGCUGAAGAGCCGCAUCACCGUGGUCGCCGUGCAGUGCUCGUCGCAGCGGAAAACGGAGCGGGGCAGGCGUAUGCAGCGCACAAAUCGCCUGCUGAUUAGCAUCGCAAUCAUUUUUGGGGUCUCGUGGCUGCCGCUGAACUUCAUCAAUUUGUACGCGGACAUGCAACGGCCGUCGGCCGUCACGCAGAGAAUGCUAGUUGCGUAUGCCAUUUGCCACAUGAUUGGCAUGAGCUCGGCCUGCUCGAAUCCGCUGCUGUAUGGAUGGCUCAACGAUAACUUCCGUAAAGAAUUUCAAGAACUCUUGUGUCGUUGCUCUGAAUCCACUAAUGUUGCUCUCCAUGGUCACACGACAGGCAGCAACGUCCAGGCAGCUGCGACGCGCCGACGCCGCAAACACGAAGCCGACCUGUCCAAGGGCGAGCUGCAGCUGCUGGGUAAGAGUGCCAAGCGGGGCAUGGCGACCUCCGACGGCGACUGCCUCGGCGGUGUGAGCUUUGCGGCCACCGACUUUAACAUACGAAAUGGAACGCGCAGCGCCGUAACGGAAUCUGUGGCACUCACUGAGAAUCCCAUGCCGUCGGAGCUGAUCAUCCUGGCGCCGCCGUAAACAGUCAACAAAUCCGCAUAAUACUAACCCAAGUCAAUCUCCGCCUAAGCAAUCCGGUCUCUGUGUUUUGUCGUACGUAUACAUGUGUGCAUAUAUGUAUCUAUAAAUAAAUAUACGAAACACAGACCCUAUUGCAGGCAUGCCGGAGUUUCGAAGCUCCCAGAUAAUUGAAUUUGCAUGCAAGACGUUUCAUAAACAAGAGCCGCAGGUUGCAUGCAUUUGCAUUAGAGAUUUUGUAUCAUUUUUCAUUUAUUAAGACGCAAGUAAACAAAAGUGCAUCUGAUGUGCUUUUCGUAGAGACCAUUUCAAUAUUUGUGCACAAUUACAGCU